AUGGCAGCCUAUGGCGCUCUGCUUUCUCUUACAAACACCAUACAGCAAAUCCAAAAUCACCCUCGCCCACCCACUUCCCUCGACAAACUACAAAUCAAACCACUUAUCCAAAUGGUUGCUUUCUUGAUGCAGUUUCUUGAAAACUAUAUUAUUGAUGAUGCAGAUGUCAUGGAGGGCCGUAUGAUUGAUGCGGCUCACGAGGCAGAGGAUAUAAUUGAGUCCUACAUUGCCGAUCAUAUUGAGGCUCGUGGUGAAGCUAACACCAGUUCAAAGGACGACGAGUCUUGGUAUGGAGAGCUGCAGACAGUGAUGGACGACUUGGAUUCCAUCACAAAAGACGUGGCUGCUGUUAAAGAGAAGGCGGGGAAAAAAAUUGCUCCUUCUUCCACGGAGAAUGACGCCAUGCUGGGUUCCGAUGAUAUCAUGAACGGCAUCAUGGCUAAGCUGAACCACAGUCCUUAUUCGGAGGGGGACGACACGAUAGUGGGUUCCGAUGAUGUCAUGAACGACAUCAUGGAUAAGCUGACCAAUAAACAAUCCGGUCGUUGGAUCAUCGCGAUUGCCGGCAUGGGCGGUAUUGGUAAGACCACUCUUGCUAAAAGAAUUUACGAAAAUCCACUUAUUGUGGAACAAUUUGAUAUUCGCGGAUGGGCCACAGUCUCUCAAGAAUUUGAUUCGAAAAGGAUAUUGUUACAAGUCCUCGACUGUUUUAAAAAAACCAUGGGGAGUGAGGACAGUGAACAUGAAGAAUUAGGAAAAAAACUGUAUCAGAGCUCAUAUGGCCGACGAUAUCUGAUUGUGAUGGAUGACAUUUGGGGUACGGACGCAUGGGACGGGGUCAAGCGCUUCUUUCCGGUUAACAACAACGGGAGCAAAGUACUAAUAACUACUAGGCCAUCGAAACUAGCUUUGCAACUGGAUGGCCCAGACUACUUUCAGAUGCCUUUUCUGAAGGUGGACGAAAGUUGGAAUCUGCUGAGUAGGUUUGUGUUUCAGGAACAAGGGUGCCCGCCGGAACUGGAAGAGAUUGGUAAGGACAUUGCCAGGAACUGCAGAGGCCUUCCAUUGUCAAUUGUCGUGAUCGGAGGACUCCUAGCAAAGUCUGAACAGACACGGGAAAACUGGAAACACGUUGCAGAAAAUUUAAGCUCGAUUGUGAAUUUAGAGAAGGACGAGCGUUGCUUUAGAAUACUAAAGUUGAGCUACAAUCAACUACCAGUCCACCUGAAGCCGUGUUUUCUCUACAUGGGCAUGUUCCCGGAAGAUCACUCGAUUCACGUCCCCACGCUCCUCAAGCUAUGGGUUGCUGAAGGAUUCGUUAAACCGGUUGCUGGUAAAAGCUUGGAAACCGCUGCGAGAGUAGUGUACCUACAUGAUCUCAUCCUCAGAAACCUAAUAUUGGUUCGUGAGUUGGGCCCUACCCGAAGAAUAAAACGGUGCGGAAUGCACGAUCUCCUGAGAGACCUAUGCAUAAAGGAAGCCGAGAAAUACAAAUUCUUCCGCACGACAACGGAAACAACACACAACAUUGACGACCACGACCAAAGUUGGCUCACCCAACGUCGUAUCGGCUUUCACCAAGCCAGGAAGUAUAUUCCCCAUUCACUCCCUGAAGCUGUGCAAUCAGCAUCACGCGUGCGAACUCUGAUAUGUAUCGUUGAUGGAACCUUACCAUCUCUAGUUCCUUUUCGAUUGCUUAGAGUAGUGAAUGGAUUUAUUUGCAGAAAUAAAUAUUCUGAACUGGAAUUUUUUCUUCCUGUCAACUUGUGCCACCUGGUCGUCCGAUUGAUUGAAUUUCCUGUAGAAUUUUUUUAUCGACUCUGGAAUUUACGGACGUUAAUAGUUGAUCACGCCUUUAAGUGGCCGGUGCUAAACAUCUGGCGUAUGCCCCAACUCAGGCACGUCAAGGUAUGGAGUCUCCGGCUCACAAAUCCUCCUCCAAUGGAUGAAGAAAAUGGUUGGAUGGUGUUGGAGAAGCUAGAGACACUCGAGAGCAUAGAUAACUUGAGGUUAGGUGAGGAAGUGAUUAAGAGAAUCUCCAAUAUCAAGAAGCUGGGACUUUGGUACUCUGGUUCCAAUGUAUUAUUAUCACUGGCCGAUUAUGGUCUCCACAAUCUCUGCCGACUACAUAAGCUGGAGGCCCUUUCAUGCUCUAUUGAUCCGAGGCCAGGUGGGGAAAGGUACUUGAUGAUCACAUUCCCAAUUUCGCUCAGAAAGCUGAAUCUGUCCGGCACGCAGCUCGGGUGGGAAGAAAUGGGGACAAAGAUAGGGAAAUUGCCAUACCUGGAGGAGCUCCAUCUAUGUACUUACGCGUUCGUGGGGCCCGAGUGGGAAACAGACGAUGGAGGAUUCCAGAACCUAAAAUACUUGCGAAUCCACCAUUGCCGAGAUCUGGAGCAGUGGAGGGCUGAGGCCACGCACUUCCCGCGCCUCGAGAGGCUCGACCUAGAAUCUCUAGACAAGCUGAAAGAAAUCCCAUUGGAAAUUGGGGAUAUACACACGCUUAGGGAGAUAUACUUGCAUGAUUGUGCUGACUCUGCCGUGCUUUCUGCAAAGAAGAUAUCAGAGGAACAAGAAGAGUGUUAUGGAGAAGUAGGGCUUCAGAUUAAUGUUUGGCUAGAUUGCAUAGAGACUCAACUACGAAAGGAGAAUUUGAGUAGUCGGAACUUUACAGUUACGUGA